CGAGUACAUGGUACUACUCACCAUCAUUGCCAACUGUAUAGUGUUAGCAUUAGAGGAACAUCUUCCUAAUGAUGACAAAACACCACUAGCUGUUCAGCUUGAAGAAACAGAAAUCUACUUUGUAGUUAUCUUCUUAGUAGAAGCUUUACUAAAAAUAGUAGCUUUAGGAUUUGUGUUACAUAAAGGAGCAUAUCUAAGAAAUAUUUGGAAUAUAAUGGAUUUUGUAGUCGUAGUAACAGGGAUUAUCACGAUGGCUGCCUCUAGUCAACUAGAUUUACGAACAUUGAGAGCAGUCCGAGUGCUACGUCCCCUUAAAUUAGUCUCGGGGAUACCAAGUCUUCAAGUAGUGUUGAAAUCUAUUAUACGAGCAAUGACUCCACUUUUACAAGUGUGUUUGUUGGUGUUCUUUGCCAUUAUUAUAUUCGCUAUAGUAGGAUUAGAAUUCUACAGUGGUGCUUUCAAAUCUGCCUGCUUUAAACUAGGAACAGUAGGAAAUGAUGAAGAAAACAUAUACAUAGGAGAUGAAGCUAAUAUAAGACCGUGCUGGGAUAAAACCCAAAAUGCAGCAGGGUACUUUGAUGCGUUUAAGUGUCAGGAGAAUGUUUCUGAGUGUCGGGCUCGCUGGGUCGGGCCUAAUUACGGAAUUACAAGUUUUGACAAUAUAGCGUACGCCAUGCUUACUGUGUUCCAAUGUAUUACCAUGGAAGGGUGGACUGAAGUAUUAUAUUAUACCAAUGAUGCAAUAGGCCCCUAUAUCAACUGGCUUUACUUUUAUCCUCUGAUCAUUCUGGGAUCGUUUUUUAUGCUCAACUUAGUGUUAGGUGUACUUAGUGGAGAAUUUGCCAAAGAGAGAUUAAGAGUAGAAAAUAGGAGAUCUUACAUAAAACUUCGAAGACAGCAGCAAAUAGACAUGGAGUUAAGUGGCUAUCUAGAGUGGAUCUGCAAAGCAGAGGAAGUGAUACUAAAUGAAGAAAGAACUACAGAUGAAGAUAAAUUAAGAAUUAUGGAGGCACGGAAAAGAGCAGCCACAAAAAUGAAAAAAAUGGGAAAGGAACCCAGUGACGAAAACAAUGAAGAUAAUGACGAUGAUUUAUUAUCAGACAUAAAUAUAGGUUCAUAUUCAUUAGGUAGAUCAAAAAUACAAAGUAGAAAACGCACUGGAAGGUGUGCUGCAUUUUGGAAAGCUGAAAAACAUUUUAGGUAUUCUUUACGGCGUUUGGUGAAAAGCCAGCCAUUCUAUUGGACAGUCAUAGUUCUAGUGUUUUUAAAUACAGUAUGCACUGCAUCAGAGCAUUAUGGACAAGCCGAAUGGCACGAACAGUUUUUAUAUUACACAGAAUUCGUUUUCCUAGGAUUGUUUAUAUUUGAAAUGUUAAUAAAGAUGUAUGGAUUAGGUAUACGGACCUAUUUCCAGUCCUCAUUCAAUAUAUUCGAUUGUGGGGUUAUAAUAGUUAGUAUAAUAGAAGUGAUAUGGUCGUACUACAAGGAUGGAGCAUCUUUUGGUAUCAGUACACUCCGAGCCCUGCGAUUACUGAGGGUUUUCAAAGUCACCAGAUACUGGUCCUCGCUGCGUAACCUGGUGGUCUCCCUCCUGAGCAGUAUGAGGUCCAUCGUCAGUCUCUUGUUCCUCCUCUUCCUCUUUAUUCUUAUCUUCGCUCUGCUGGGGAUGCAGCUGUUUGGCGGAGAAAUGAAUUUUGAUGAUGGAAGACCAGAUGCCCACUUUGACACAUUCCCCAUAGCCUUACUGACUGUGUUCCAGAUUCUGACGGGAGCAGACUGGAAUGAAGUGAUGUAUGCUGGGAUCAGGGCCCACGGGAUCGAGGAGGGGGACAAGACAGGGAUGUUUUACUCCAUCUACUUCAUCAUCCUGGUGGUGUUUGGAAACUACACACUGCUGAAUGUGUUCUUGGCUAUCGCCGUGGACAACUUGACCAACGCACAGGAAAUGACGGCAGCAGAGGAGGAAGAGGAAGUGGGACGUAAAGAGCAUCUAGAGGAAGUCAGAAAAGAUGUCCAAAACCAAUUCACAGACCAAUCCCAGAGAAACAAACUAGAAAAAGAGGUUUUGGAGGAGGGUGCUGCAGUACAGGCGGUGACAGUGAAUAUCUGUCCUCCCUCCCCAGCCAAUAACGAAGAGAAUCCCAAAGUCAGCAACUUUAAUUAUAUCUCUUUUAGCAAAGACAGCAAUCAUCAGAAUGACCUGAAAAAUAACAAAAACACAGCUAAUGCCGUGGCCAAGAAAAGCAACAUCUCGCAGAACGAAUUUGAUAAUGAUGGCCUUGACACAGAAAACAAUAACAAACCAGCAGACAGCAACAACAGUGAAGAGGACCCCCCUCCCCAGCCCCCCAAAAAGGAGGAGGAGGAGGGUGCAUUUGGGGGCCCAAGGCCAAUGUUACCAUACAGCUCCAUGUUCAUAUUUGGACCCAAAAAUCCAAUACGACGUUUCUGUCAUUUUGUGGUGAACCUGCGCUACUUCGACCUGUUCAUUAUGAUUGUUAUCUGCGCCAGUAGUUUUGCGUUAGCGACUGAGGAACCAGUCAACGAGAAGGCCCUGAGGAACCAGAUUCUUAAUUACUUUGAUUACGUCUUCACAAUCGUGUUCACAAUAGAAAUGAUUCUGAAGGUGAUUGAUUUAGGAGUUUUCCUUCACCCUGGGUCCUACUGUAGAAAUCUGUGGAAUAUAUUGGAUGCCACUGUGGUGAUCUGUGCAUUAGUGGCUUUCUUCUUUCAGGAUACAGCCAGCAAGAACCUGAACACGAUCAAAUCUAUGAGGGUCCUUAGGGUGUUACGUCCACUGAAAACGAUCAACAGAGUUCCCAAACUAAAGGCUGUGUUUGACUGUGUGGUGAACUCUCUAAAGAAUGUCGCCAACAUCCUGAUUGUGUAUAUGUUGUUCCAACUCAUCUUUGCUGUGAUAGCUGUGCAGCUGUUUAAAGGGAAGUUUUUCUACUGCACAGAUGAAUCAAAAAGUACAGAGGAGGAAUGUAGGGGCCAGUUCUUUUAUUAUGAGGAGUUUGAAGACACACCCACCGUUCAGAAUCGGGAAUGGCUGCGACACGACUUUCACUAUGACAACCUGUUUGAAGCCAUGCUUACACUGUUUACUGUCACCACUGGUGAAGGCUGGCCCAACAUUCUCCAUAACUCCAUGGACUCUACCUAUGAGGACCAGGGCCCUAAGCCAGGGAACAGAAUGGAGAUGGCCAUUUUCUACGUCGUCUUCUUCAUUGUUUUUCCGUUCUUCUUUGUAAAUAUCUUUGUGGCCUUAAUCAUCAUCACUUUCCAAGACCAAGGAGAGGCCGAGCUGGAGGAUGCACAGCUUGAUAAAAAUCAAUUGUCAGCUAUAGACAAACAAUGUAUAGACUUCGCAAUAAAUGCACGUCCCACCAGUCGAUAUAUGCCGAAAAACAAGAAAACGAUCAAGUACAAGAUCUGGAAGCUGGUCGUGUCGACGAAGUUUGAGUAUUUUGUGAUGACUCUGAUCGCCUUGAACACGAUCGUACUUAUGAUGAAGUUCAGCAACAAAACUAGUGGUGAUACGGGCCAGGGCCGAGGCCAAGAUUUCCAAAAUAAUCAAGAUCAGCAUAAAUACGAACGAGUUUUGAUUUCGAUAAAUAUAAUAUUCACCAUCCUCUUCACUAUUGAGUGUGUAUUGAAGCUACUCGCGUUCGGAAUCAAGAAUUAUUUCCAUGACCCUUGGAAUGUCUUCGACUUCAUAACAGUUGUAGGCAGUAUCAUUGAUGUUUUAGUCAAUGAGUUUGGGACAUAUAACUCGAUGUUCAAUGUGGGUGUGUUCCGGUUGUUCAGGGCUGCCAGGCUGAUAAAACUCCUCCGACAGGGUUACACUAUACGACUCUUACUCUGGACCUUCCUACAGUCUUUCAAGGCACUGCCUUAUGUGUGCUUACUGAUUCUCAUGCUGUUCUUCAUAUUCGCCAUCAUAGGAAUGCAGGUGUUUGGAAAUAUCAAACUUGACUCACAAACAGAUAUCAACAGACACAAUAAUUUUAGAAACUUCUUAUAUGCACUCAUGCUUUUGUUCAGAUGUGCUACAGGUGAGAAUUGGCAGGCGAUAAUGAUGGCCUGUCUGUCGGGGCGACCUUGUGACCCCGAAUCUGGCCUUAACCCGCCCAAGACCUGCGGAAGUUCAGCCAUUGCCUACGUCUACUUUGUGUCCUUCAUGUUUCUCAGUUCAUUUCUCAUGUUGAAUUUAUUUGUUGCUGUCAUCAUGGAUAACUUUGACUACCUGACCCGGGACAGUUCUAUCCUGGGUCCACAUCAUCUGGACGAGUAUGUCCGAGAGUGGGCUGAAAUUGACCCGGGAGCCACAGGACGGAUCAAUUAUCAGGAUAUGUAUGAGAUGUUAAAGAACAUGGAGCCUCCUGUGGGUUUUGGCAAAAACUGUCCGACCAAAUUCGCGUACCGGAAGUUGAUCAGGAUGAAUAUGCCUGUUGCUAAUGACAACACUGUUCAUUUCACCACAACUUUGUUUGCUUUGAUUAGAGAAUCUCUUUCUAUCAAAAUGGGCCCAGUGGAAGAAAUGGACAAGCUGGAUGAUGAACUGAGAGAGCUAAUUCGUAAAAUGUGGCCAGUGCAGGCUCGCAAAAAGAAACUCCUUAACCUUCUGGUCCCACAUAAUUCAGAGUUGAAUGAUAAUCAUAUGACAGUUGGGAAAAUAUAUGUUGGUUUGAUUAUUGCUGAAAACUGGAGAGCGUAUAAAGCAAGUCAGUCCAAAAUGAACAAUCUUAAAAUGGUCGAAGAUAAAGAGGAGGUUAGUAACCAUGGAGACACUCAAAGUGCCGACCUUGACCCAAAAACUGCUACCACUUCUGUCUAAUACUUACACAUUAACUGUUGUCAAGUUUUGUAGACGCAUGCAAUGAAAAGACAGAUCCUUGCCCGAGUCCCACCAAGGCUCAAAAAGAAACACAGAAAUCUAAAAAUAAAUCAUAAUCCAAAUCCUUUCAAAAUUAUGAAAAAUUAAAUUCUGAUCAGCUUUAAAAUGCUGAUAAUUUUAUUUUGAGAUCUAAUUCAAUUUUCUAAAUUGUUUUGGCCUACUGUUUCAGUUGAGAUGGAUCUGUCUUUUGAGGUCAUCACAUGUUCCUCGCACAAACUGGUCUGUACAGUAAAGCUGUGAUGGGGGGAUUUAGACCAGGAAGGCCAUGUGAUGACCGGAGGGCGUGAAGGGGACACUUUUAUUUUGGUUCUUAUAUCAAUACUCACACCACCUUGUGUUCAGGGUUAAAGUUUAGUUCUUUAUUCAGCACUGCCUCAAACAAUUACGCACACAACAUAGUCUUUGUAUUUAUACACACACUAAUUUAUAUGUUAGAUGAGUUUACAAUAAGUUUAAAGUUUGUUUUUUCAUAGUUAAUUUUUCACCAUUUAUGCACUUAUUCUAUUUCACUAGAAGUGUAUAUAUUGUAGAGUUUGGGGUAUUUUAAUAAGUUUCUUUUAAGUGGUCAAAUUGCACUGAGUUUUGGACUGUAUAAUGAUUGUGUUUAAGUUUUAGAUUCACAGCACUGGUUAUCAUAGCACUAGUUAUCAAAGAUAUUAUCCUUUUUAGUUCAUUAAUAAAA